AUGGCAGACCGACAGGAAGCAACGCUUAGGGACUCACUUAACAGAUGGAAUGAGUCUCGCUCACAGCACUCACAGGGGUUCAAUGAGGGAGCGAAAACAUUGUUUGCCUCUUGGGCAGAUUCCCUUAACACCAGAGCCCAAAAUGUGUAUCAACGUCUGCCAAUGACUCAGCAGGAUCUCGUCCAGGAUCAAGAGCCCACAUGGUUCACACUAACACGGGUGGAGCGUUUGAUGUUGUUUGUUUGCUGCAUUCUGGGAUCUGUGGCCUGUUUUACGCUGUGUGCGUUUUUGCUGCCGGUGCUGGCAGUCAAGCCUCGCAAAUUUGGAUUACUCUGGUCGAUGGGCUCGCUGCUUUUCGUGGGAGCGUUCGGCGUGCUCCAGGGCCCCGUGGCGUAUCUGAAACACAUAAGUUCAAGGGAAAGGCUGCCUUUCAGUGCGUUCUUCUUUGCUUCCUGCUUUCUGACGAUCUACUUUGCAGCGUUCCAAAAAUCUGCGUUGCUUACGAUCCCAUGCGCGCUUCUAGAAUUGGUCGCCGUAAUUUACUACGCCGUCAGUUAUUUCCCCUUUGGCGCCUCAGGCCUUCGCAUGAUUAGCACCGUUGGCGUCAACCAAGCACGCGGAGUUCUUAGAAUUUAG